AUGUUCCGCAGCUUCAUAAGGAGUCAAUUGCCCACGAAAUUGACACACCGACGAUGUUUUACAACGACCAUUUCACGAAAGGCUGAUUUUACACAUGCUGUUAUCGGUGGUGGUGCAGUAGGUCUCGCAAUCGCAAGACAAUUAGCUGGUAGAGAUGGAACAAGCACAUUACUCCUAGAGCGCAACAGCGGCGUGGGAAUGGAAACCAGUUCGAGAAAUUCUGAGGUCAUCCAUGCUGGUCUCUACUAUGGCGCUGGUUCCCUCAAAACCGAGUUCUGCAUCCGUGGUCGUCAGAUGCUCUAUGCCCUUUGCGCCAAAUACGAUAUUCCACAUAGAAAUAUGGGUAAAUGGAUCGUAGCCCAGACAGACCAACAAUAUGAAGGACUCAUCAAAGUUCACGAGUUCAGCAAAACUGUCAAUGUCCCUACGCAUUUUGUAUCUCUCGAACAAGGAGCCAAAGAAGAACCGCAUGUUCUUGCCCGAACCGGGAUUCUCGCAAGUCCUACGACGGGAAUCGUGGAUUCGCAUUCUUACAUGCAAUUUCUGCACGGCGAUUUUGCCGAGAAAGGAGGUGAUACGGCGUUGAAUAGUAAUGUGAUUGCCAUUACCCCGCUGGGUGAAAAUGGGAGUUUGGGGUGGGAAGUUCUGGUCCGGGAUAAAGCCAGCGGGGAAGAAAAUACAUUUACAUCGGAGACGAUUAUUAAUUCGGCUGGUUUGGGAGCUUGCGAUAUUAAUAAUAUGAUUGUACCCCCAGCACUCCAUCGCAAAGCUUAUUACGCGAAGGGGAAUUAUUUCUCUUACUCUCCCAGUACCCCCAUGACGAAACAUCUCAUAUACCCAGCUCCGGAAGCGGGGCUCGGGGGUCUGGGCACGCAUCUCACGCUGGAUAUCGCGGGGCGGAUUCGCUUUGGUCCGGAUGUGGAGUGGGUGGAUGAUGCGACUAAUUUGGCGGUUAAUAGUGCGCGGUUACCGCAGGCGAUCGAGCAGAUCAAGAGGUUUUUGCCGGGGGUGAGGGUGGAGGGGAUUAAGCCGGAUUAUGCGGGUAUUAGACCGAAGUUGGGGAGGAUGAGUGCGGUGGGGAGUGGGAAAGGGUUUCAGGAUUUCGUGGUGACGGAUAUGGGGGUGGAGGGGUAUCCGGGGUGGAUUAAUUUGUUGGGGAUUGAAAGUCCUGGGUUGACUAGUAGUUUGGCGAUUGCGGAGUGCGUGGAGGGGUUGUUGUAUGGGGGUGUGAAUUGA